AUGGAAGCAGUGCAGAAAGUUCGUAAAUUCAUCAGCCAUUGGUACUUAAGAUACUUGGUUUCGACUGAAUUGUACAUGGUAGAACCUUGGGAAAGGGCUGUUAUUCAUGUGCUAUUUGUAGUGGUGUUUGCACUGUUUUGGUAUUUCAAUUAUUCAAUCAUCUUCAACGGAAUUUCACAAUUGCGGGACUCAUCACAACAUGUUGACGAAUUA